AUGCCUAUCAUGUAAAAUUAUGCUUUAUUGUAUUGGACUAGCCACCCAACAUAAAGCUUGAGAAAGCUCUGCACAGAAUGCUUUGAUGAUAAAUGCACCAACAUGCAUGGAUAUAAUAAUAAAGCCCGUUUAUUAUUAGAAUCUAGCUCGCUUCAGUACAAUAUGCAAAACCUAAUCAAACAAAAUAAAAUCUUUCAAAUCAAAAUAAAAACAACCAAUAAAAAAAUGAAUUUAAAAUUUAUCAAAAAAUAAGAAAUGAGGAAUAAUUUUUUUAAUUAGAAACUAACUUAAAGAUUUGAUGAGGAAAUUAAUUUUUACUAAUUUAAUGAAAAAAUAUUUUAAAAUUGUUUAUUAAUCAAUAAUUUAUUGUCAAAACAUCUUAAAAAAAUAUUAAAAAUCUAUAAAAAUAAAAAAAACUAUAAAAAAAUUAAAAUAUAUUUAAAACACCAUAAAAAAAUAAAAAAACCUUUAAAAAAUGAAUAAAAAAAUUAAAAAAUUUGA